CCAAAUAACCAAAAGUUAGACAAAAUGAAGGUGAUUGCUGCUUACAUGCUAGCUCGAUUGGGAGGGAACACCAAUCCUUCUGCCAAUGAUCUGAAGAAACUUAUCGAAUCAGUUGGAGCUGAGGUUGAUGGAGACAGAAUCGAGUUGUUCUUGUCCCAAGUCAAUGGAAAAAAUAUCACCGAGCUAGUUGCAUCCGGAAAAGAGAAGUUGGCAUCUGUGCCUUCUGGCGGUGACGCUAGUGCUGCAGCUCCUCCUGCUAUUUCUGAGGAGACAAAGGAAGAGAAGGUUGAAGAAGAGGAGGACGACUUUGAUGAACCUCUUUUCGAUCUCUUUGGCCCCGACAACUAAAACAUAUUUGCUUUCUUAGUUUUGUUAUUCCUUUAUGUUUCAAAAUUUGGGAUAGUGCUAGCACAUCUCCUUCGUUUGUAGUUCAAGUAUUCAA